AUGUCUAAUUUAUAUGGGGAUUUUAAUCAGAAGAUUGAUUAUGUAUUUAAGAUUGUAUUGAUCGGAGAUUCGGCAGUGGGGAAAUCCCAAUUGCUGGCUAGAUUUGCAAGAAAUGAAUUCAAUUUGGAAUCAAAGGCUACCAUUGGGGUUGAAUUCCAGACAAAGACUCUUGUUAUUGAUAACAAAAAUGUCAAGGCCCAGAUUUGGGACACUGCAGGCCGAGAGAGGUAUCGAGCAGUAACAAGUGCCUAUUACCGAGGUGGCUUGAGGAACUCAGGGGACAUGCUGAUAAGAACAUUGUUAUAUAUGCUGAUCGGCAACAAGUGCAACUUAGGGACUCUUCGAGCAGUUCCGAUUGAAGAUGCCCAAGAGUUCGCUGAAAGAGAGAAUUUAUACUUUAUGGAGACAUCAGCUCUCGAGAAGACUAAUGUUGAAAGCGCAUUUAUGACUACUCUGACAGAAAUAUACUGGAUCAUAAACAAGAAGUCCCUCACUUCCGGUGAUGGAUUAGAUUAUGCGAAGUUCGCAUCUCUGAAGGGUACUAGAAUCAUUGUUCCUGGUCAAGAUUCUGACCCUAAUGCAAGAAAAGCCGGCUGCUGCAUGACCUCAUGA